GUCAAUUGAAACAAGUAAAGUUGCUUUUAUCAAUUAAUUAGUUAUAAUGUCACUUAAAUUAAUUUAUUUGUCAAUAGUGAUUGGAAUCAGUGUUUCAGUUGAUCAGGUAACCUCAGACUAUGAUAUUUAUAAAUAUCCGAUGGAAAUGGAUCCAGGCAAUUGGAUAAUCAAAGCGAUAUUAACGGACGAGAGUCGUGGUCAAGUAUUCAAACUGGAAGAAUCGAUUUCAUCUGGUAAAGUAAUUCGAGGUAAAAUUAUUACGAAAUCUAAUGGAUACGAUGAAAGGAUUUACUAUUCAAGUGAAUAUCCAGCUGAACGUUACGCUAUUGACAAUGAUGAUACCAGUAGAUGCUGGAAACUGACCUUCACCACGGAAUGGAAUUUGCGACUGGCCCAAACUCAGAUUAAUUUAGUUAGUUACUUCUUAAUAGCUGGACCUUCAAUCGUAUUUAGACUGAAAAAUCAACCAAUUCAAUGGAAUCAAACAGCUGAUGUUAAAGUCCGAGGUGUUUCUCAUCAUGUCUAUGAAUCUCUUUUAACACCAGAAAUUGCAAUCAAAUAUUAUUACAAAGCAAGCAAAGGUGAUUUCGAGACGUCAUUUCCGUCUUCAGUUUUGUUCAAAGGAAGUUCAAAUGUGAGAAUGGACAUUUACUCAGUCAAGAAGGUUGAUCAACACCUCGAUUCCUUUGUAACGUUGACAGAAAAAUUUUGUGACAGCUUUUUAACGAAAGGAUUAGAUUAUAACGAAUCGCCGAUUCCCAAGGUUGAAACACAAUAUAAACACUACGUAGCGAUUGAAACGAUUUCCAGUGAUAAAAAUCAACUGAUACAAAAAGAGGUUUUUUCUGACGAAAAAUUUCAAAUGGUUGAUAUUAAAACAACAAUUAAAUUUCAUGUAAACCAAAUCGAGAAAAAAACCGAAAAAGUUUACGAUUAUACCUUAGGUUUGGUGUACGAAUUGAAUCAUGAGGAUGGACAAAGAAAAUGUCAAAUGUCUCCAAUGGAUUCAUCAGCUCCUGGAUUAAUAAUAGACAAAACUAAUCCAAGUUUCUCAUUAAAUCAACAAUUUGACUUAAAUGGUCAAUACUAUUACAUGGGCCCAGUGAAUUAUAUGAACCUAUUUAACACACAAUCAAAGGUUGAAGGUUGGCAAGCAAACAUUAAAAACGGCAAAAUCGAUGAUAUUAAUUACGAUCUCGUAAUCGCAACUCAAUAUAUUUUACCUCAGACAGUGACAAAUGAUGUAAAAGAUACGGUGAUGAUUGGAACCACUUUUGAUGGAUACGCGAAAACGGAUGGAAAACGAUCAAUUCGAAAGAAAAUUGAUUAUCAAAUAAUUUCCACUGAACUUGAUGAUUCUAAAGACAAAUUCCGUAUAGUUGAUUGCUACCCUGAUCCAGAAUCACGGAAAACAUUAGAACUCCGUUUCUCCUGCAAAGAUGAAAACUGUGGCCAUUUUACUCGAAAUCAUCAUAAACAAUUUACGAUUAAACUGAAAGAGUCCAUUUUCGGCAUGGAAACGAUUACAAUCUCUCGAGUCUCAGAUAUUAAGCUUACCUUCAAAUUAUAUGAAACAAUCGCUCAAAUCACAGUCUUAGAAUCUCCUGAUAUUAUGGAUUCUUUUGAACAUAAAGAAAUUCGCAUUGCAGAAAAAUCAAAGCCAAUGACAAGUUAUUAUGGUAUCAAAAAUCAUCGCGAAUGUUUAAUCUCAAGUGCCAAUAUUGCUGAUCGUUUCGAAGCAAUUGCUUAUUGCGAAGGAAAAGAAGAAAAUAUUUGUGGCCAUUUCAGAAAAUUUUCUGAUAUAAUUGAGGACAAAUUCUCUGGAACUUUUUGUAAAGUUACGGCCAUUCCUCUUCAAAAUAUUCAUCGAUAUAGUCGAGAACUACCAUUGGCCGAUCUCCCGGAGAAACUAUUACUAAAUGGAAUAUCAUUCAAGUUAUCUGAUGGAUCGAUAACUUCUGAGUAUAAAGUUUACCAAGUGAAUGACAUUUCAAUCAAGGAAACGGAAAUCGAACCUUUUUACCGAAAAGUUGUCACAUCAUCUAAAUUAGUAGAUAAUUCUGACUCAGUUACUAGAAUUGAAAGUGUUCCUGAUUUCGGUUCAUGUUAUCAACUUUGCUCUCAUUCAUCCGAUGUGGAUUGCAGAUCAUUUUCUUAUUGCAAAUAUCUCGAUAGAUCUGAAUGUUUAAUAGCAAAUUCACCAAUUAGCUCAGAAAAUACGAUCAAUGAUACUUAUUGUUCAACAAAUGAGAUUAAUUUGUUAAAGAGAUUCGAUAAGAUUGAAUCUCGAAAAUUCAUCAAAUCAACAUCGAUUCCCACCGAUAAUGAUCCUGAGAAUUGUGCUCAACGCUGUUCAGAUUUCGACGAAUGUAAAUCGUUUCAAUAUUGUUCUGAUUCUGGAUCAUGUACAUUGGAAGGUUAUUACACCGAUUCAUCAACUGAUUUCCAUCCCAAUUGUGACAUUUACAUUCCAAAAGUAAUCGACAAAUUUAGAAUGACCGGUAAGCAGAUAAUUUCGGACACAUUUCAUACAGAAUUAAGUGUAACUGUGGAUCAAUGUGCUGCUCUUUGUUACGAUUGGAGUGACGGCAAAGGCUCGAAAUCCUGUUUAUCGUUUAAUUUUUGUUCUACAGAUGGGAAAACCUCGAGCAUUUGUCAUCUUUCGAGGUAUGAUUUUGACGAUGUUUCCAGAGAGAAAAGUGGUAAAGUAGAAUUGAUCCAUGAAGAUAAUUGUCUUAAUUACAAUCGAAUUAAAAAGAAAACACAAUCAGGAACAAUAAACGAUUCGGUUGUAUUGAGAAGCUCUUUUAAUUUAUCAGGAUCACUUUUCAUUGUAUUUUUAUUCAUAAUCUCUGGUCUAAUCAUUGGAUUUGUCGUAAAUACAAUUUAUGCCAAAGUGAUAAAACGAAAAUCGGCUGAUAAAUCGAUCUCAUCCACAUUUAAUCGAAACACAUUCAGUUGGACUCGACAAUUAAACGAUGAAAGACAAUCAACUCUUCGACAAUCGACAAUUACAGUACAAGAAAAUGACGAGACUGAUUCAGUUUGAGGAUCAUGAUGAAAACUCUUGACGUUGUAAUGACCAGAAAAAAAGAUCAAAUUGAAAAUAAAGUUGUUGUUUAUUUCGUUACUUCGCUCAA